GUUGCCAGAAGAGAAAAACUUGGUCGAGGGAGGGUAAUGGUGACGGCCUGGCAGUCCACUCCGCCAACGCGACGAACGCAGUGGGUAGUACUGUAGUGUCGCAGCACCACACUCAACAGCAACAGCAGCUGCAACAACAACAGCAGCAGCAGCAACAACAACACAAGCAGACAGGCAUGACGGCACAUAGCAAGCAAGUGACCAACGCUGCCAAUGGAGGCGGUGGCAGCAAUCCUCAAGGAGACGGAGAUUACCAGUUGGUACAACACGAGGUUCUCUAUUCUAUGACUAAUCAGUAUGAAGUCCUCGAGUUUUUGGGCAGAGGUACUUUUGGACAGGUCGUGAAAUGCUGGAAAAAGGGAACCAAUGAAAUAGUGGCCAUCAAAAUUUUGAAGAACCAUCCAUCAUAUGCGCGCCAAGGGCAAAUUGAGGUCUCCAUCCUGUCUCGACUUAGUCAGGAAAAUGCGGAUGAGUUCAACUUUGUGCGCGCUUAUGAGUGCUUCCAGCACAAAUCCCAUACCUGCUUGGUCUUUGAGAUGCUAGAACAGAAUCUGUAUGAUUUCCUGAAACAGAAUAAAUUUUCGCCUCUACCGCUCAAAUACAUCAGACCGAUUCUCCAACAAGUACUCACCGCUCUUUUAAAACUUAAGCAAUUGGGGUUGAUUCACGCCGAUCUUAAGCCAGAAAAUAUUAUGUUGGUGGAUCCAGUACGUCAGCCUUAUCGUGUUAAAGUUAUUGAUUUUGGGUCAGCCUCUCAUGUGUCUAAAGCUGUCUGCAACACUUAUUUGCAAUCGCGAUACUACCGUGCACCUGAAAUUAUACUUGGACUUCCAUAUUGUGAAGCAAUAGAUAUGUGGUCGCUCGGCUGUGUGGUUGCGGAAUUAUUUCUAGGGUGGCCUUUGUACCCUGGUAGCUCGGAAUAUGAUCAGAUUCGAUAUAUAAGCCAGACACAAGGUGUACCAACGGAACACAUGUUAAACAAUGCCAGCAAAACAACAAAAUUCUUUUACAGAGACAUGGACAGCACAUAUCCAUUUUGGCGAUUAAAAACACCGGAAGAACACGAGGCUGAAACUGGUAUUAAAUCUAAAGAAGCAAGAAAGUAUAUUUUUAAUUGUCUUGAUGAUAUUGGUCAAGUUAAUGUUCCGACUGAUUUGGAGGGUGGUCAACUUUUGGCAGAGAAAGCAGAUAGAAGAGAGUUCAUAGACCUCUUGAAGAGGAUGCUCACGAUGGACCAGGAGCGCCGUAUAACACCCGGGGAGGCUCUGAACCAUGCCUUUGUUACGCUGGCUCACUUAGUCGAUUACGCGCAUUGUAACAAUGUCAAGGCUUCCGUCCAAAUGAUGGAGGUUUGCCGACGAGCCGGUGAUUUCACUGCAAGUCCAGCGCAUCACCAAGCUCCGCCAGCACCUCAACCACCUCCACCAACGUCAUUGGUAGCUAAUUUCGUGCCGACGACGAAUGGUAGUGCCGUAACUUUCACCUUCAAUAACCAGUUAACCAAUCAAGUACAACGAUUGGUUAGGGAACAUCGCACUGCACAAACAGGAUAUGAUAAUCUGUAUCAAAUAUACAGUAACAGUAGUCGUCGUGCGACUCAGUACAGUAGCUCGUCUAGUGGAUCAAAUAGCGGACGAAGUGGAGUACAUGACUUUCCGCAUCAAUUGGUACCUGGUCUACUUUGUCAUCCACCCAGUUAUCAAACGAUGCCAAGUCCUGCAAAACACGUAGUUGUUGCUCAACCUCCACAAGCGCAACAAGCUCCGCUACAAAUUCAACCAUCAAUUAUAUCGCAGCAAGCUGUUGCUGCUGCAGCUGCAGCUGCUCAACAACAGUAUGCUGCGGUUCCCGUAUCUAUGGUAGAAACUGGACGACAAAUGUUAUUGACUAAUGCUGUACAAACCUCUUGGCCUGGUGGAAGUCGUCAAAUGGCUGCUAUCGUACCAUCCUGGCAGCAGUUGCCACCGCAACAUGCAGCGAUACAGCAACCAUUAUUGAGUGAUGCCGGGGAUUGGGGAAGACCUCUUAUUGUAGAUAGUUCUGCCAUUCUGCAGGAUCAGCGGCCAGUAUUUCCUGUCACAGAAGUUUACAAUACUAGUGCCCUUGUUGAACACCCUCCUCAAGCUUGGGCAAAACGUAGCGUCACGAAGCAUCAUCAACAUCAUGUGACAGUACCUCAACAGUCUCAGCAUAGGCACGAGCAUAAGAAAGAAACGCAGCAAUUAAGUCCGGUGAAAAAGAGGGUGAAAGAAAGUACACCUCCGAGCAACAUGAGACGGCAUUCACCUUCGAGCAGUCAUUGGCAGCAACAACCCAUGCAACAACAUCAUCAUAGCAGUAAACACAGCAGUAGUCAUAACGUAGAACAUCAUCAAGUUACAUCUGGUCGGCAACAGACUAUUACGAUUCACGACACGCCAUCACCAGCAGUUUCUGUUAUCACAAUUAGUGAUAGUGAAGACGAAACUCCGGGCAAGUGCUGUGGAGAUCGGCAAUGCGGAGCCUGUCAAAAUUUGGCAACUCGCCUGUCUGGCGAUGGACGUCCAGUUCGCGAGGAAGUCAUUCGAAGCACGCAGUCAACACCACGCGUGGUCCAGCCUAUGCAACAAACUCAUUCGAGUAGUCAGUCGCACACUAAUGGACACGCAACAGCACAUAGUACGUCUCAGAGGUCGCAGCGGAAAAAUAUCAUUAGUUGUGUAACUGUUGGUGAUAGCGAUGGCGAAGCUAGUCCAGGUCGAGCACAUAAUCAUCUAUAUCAACAUUUACCGCAACAUCCUCAGCAUCAGCAAACUACGCAGCUAAUUAAACACGAGCCUCAACAACAACAUCACGUCAGCAGUAGUAGCUCUGGAUACUCUUCUCAAUCGCAAAAACGUUUGUUGGCCAAAGUACAAUCCGAAUGCAAUAUGGUGAACGUUGCGACGAAACCGGAGCCCGGUGUUGAGUAUCUUGCACCACAUCCGUGUCACGCGCCAGCCUGUAAAGAGCCACCGACCUAUCAGGAUGAUGCCUAUGACAUGCAUGACUACUUCUUGCAGUAUGUGACCACGAGUAGCGCGCAUCCCCAUCUUCAAGAGCAGCAUAUUGUGUAUACGACCGGCACGGACAAGCGGGUAUCAUGGCCUGGAAAGAGAGCUGAAUACAAACACGAGUACGUUCAACCACCGGCUGCUCAUUCCAGAGAUCAUCAGAAAUGGGCGGUGGCAAAUACUGUGCAUCAGUAUAGCUCGUCUCCAUUAACGUUGUAUGAUUCUAGUCGAGCGUUGCCACCACCAGCUCAUCACAGCUCGGCCAGACCGUUACUGGCAAGUCAUGCAGCGCAUCCACUGCCUGCACAUAUGCAGCCAACAGCCGUUUACGGAUUGGCCCCGCUUUCACCGGCCAAACAUCAAUAUCAACCUUCUAGUUUGUGGUUCACCGAGUAAAUUAUUCCUCUGUCUGGUUUCAGAAGAAAAAUCAAACGGCGCGCGAGCACUGGCUUUCGCCGCAUCUUUUAUUUUUUUUUUUUUUUUCUUCCUUCUUUUCUUUUUUAAGAAAUUUUACAAGAUCGAAAGAUACCGCCUGCUACCACGAUGACCGAAUAAAAGGGAAAAAGAGGGCUCGUCGUAUUUGUCACGUUCAUUCCUCGCAAACGUGUGUUUUUUUACUAGCAAACGAAGGGGAUUUUUCGCGAUACUAUUAUCAACUAUUGUAAACAGAAAAUAAAACGCCAAGCUUGUAUUGUUGUCACGAAAAAGAAAUUCAUGACUGAAAAGACUCGACGGAGUCCCAAGACAAGACCGUUGAAGUUCUUCUUCUUCAACUUAACUUUUAGACAAUCCGUCCUUAAACAGCGAUCGCCCCCCUUCGAACUGCCUGUCUGUGCUAUUAUAUAUAAAAAGAAGCAGAAGAGAAGGGAAAAAAAUGGAGAAUUAUCCAUUAUUUCGAUUGAAAAAGGAAAUAUAUAUAUGUGUGUGUAUAUAUAUAUAUAUAUAUGGAUCCGAAAGUCGAUAGACUGAUCGCGUUUGCGUCGCGUCCUAAUGCUUUCAUUAGCGUAUUUGUCGUACGUAAUAUCCAUUGUGAAACGUGUUGUCUUUUUUCCUUUUGUUCGGUAAAUCGUACAUAUUUGAACGAGAAAGUAGAUGAAAGUUAAAAAAAGGAAAAAAAAAAAAAGAAAGAAAAAGAAAAAAGAAAAGAGAGAAGAGUAGAGAAAUACGAGAUAAAGAGAGAGAUAAAGGUUUUUUCGAUGCUUCUCAUUGCGCAAUUGUUUCCUCAGUGAACCAUUGCUUUGAUGAUUUAUAUUUGUACUAUUUUUUUCCAAAUAUUAUUUGGUGAAAUAUGAUCGAUAUACAAUUUUGUUCGGCUUAGACGGCGCAUAUGUUAUAUACCUGGCAGUAUAUAUAUAUUAUAUACUUGAUGUGUUUUGUAUAUUUUUGAACGAAAAAAAAAAAAAAAAAAAUAAUGUUGCCGCGCCAAAAAAAAAAAAAAUUACGUAGAUGUGUAAACGAAGAAAAGACCAAGCGAUUUUGUCAUGAUAUCUGAAUUUGUAUUGUUUCAAAUUAUGCGCGGUUUAAGUAGGUAAACCAUCGAUAUCGUUGAUUUGGUAAAAAAAAAGAAAAAAAAAAAAAAAGAAAAGAAAAAAAAGAAAAAAAAA